AUGCCGUCGAUUAAAUAUGCCAUUCUUCUCUCAGUUGUCACAUCGUUUUUGUAUUUUCGGAUUAUGAAAAGUUUUGAAAUGGAUAGCUACACGACAACCUACAUCUACCUAUUCUUCUGUACAAUUUCAUAUAUCUUCUAUGAAUCGAAUUAUAAAAGACGUCGGCUACCAAAUGGACCAAUGCCAUGGCUGGUGGCCGGAAAUAUGCCAAGUUUUAUCAAUGUGAAAAACGUCGACGACCUAUUUUUAUAUUGGAAACAAAGAUACGGUGGCAUUUUUACGGUAUGGAUUGGUCCAAUUCCUCUGGUUAUGGUAUCCGAUCUUCCAACAAUCAAAAAAUAUUUCAUCCAACACGCCGACGCCUUCUCCAACCGGUGGCGCAACUUCGUGACCGAUUCGAUAAUGGAAGGCUCCAAUGGGAUUGUUCAAAUCGAUGGGGACAAGUGGAGGGAGCAGAGGAGAUUCGCGUUGCAUACAUUGAGGGAUUUUGGGGUUGGAAGGCCGCUCAUGGAACAGAUGAUUACGUUGGAGGUAACAACUCUCAUGAACCACAUGGCAAAAUCUUGUGGUCUCUCUACAAAAGAAGUCAACCUAUGUCCCUCCAUUGCUGUCUGUGUAGGAAAUAUCAUCAAUAACAUGCUCUUUGGACUUCGUUUCAAUCAGGACAACUCCUAUAUGCACCGCCUUCAUAGUCUUCUGGAUGACCAGUCUCAUACAGUAAUGCAACCAAUUAUGGGAGCUUACAUCGCUUUCCCAGUCACUACAAAAGUCCCAUUUAUCAAUGGAGAAUGGAAUAGAUUAAUGGGGAUAAAGAAGGAGUUGUUGGAAUUUUUGGAGGGUCAGAUACAGAAACACAGGGAGAAUUGGAAAGAGGAGAUGAUGGAGCAAGAGCCGGAGGACUUGACUUAUGCUUAUAUGAUUGAAGUGGAGAAGAGGAAGAGAGCUGGAGAGGAUGUGGGCUUUUUUGACGACCAACAACUAAAAAUGCUGCUCCUUGACCUAUUUUUUGCUGGCAUGGAAACUACAGUAACCACACUCAAAUGGGCGUUCCUUCUCAUGUCGAAAAAUCCCCGAGUUCAACGAAAAGUUCAAGAAGAGCUGGAUAGUAUUGCUCAGCCAAUGGUUGAAAUUCAACAUCGCACAAGGCUACCGUACAUUCAGGCGACGAUAAAUGAAAUUCAACGAAUCGCCAAUAUUCUUCCAAUUAACCUGUUAAGAACAGUGGCAGAAGAUAUUGAUAUCGAUGGAUAUCAGUUCAAAAAGGGAGAUUUGACAAUUCCGCAAAUUUCAAUUUUGAUGAAUGAUCCUGAGAUUUUCAAGAAUCCAAAGGAUUUUUGUCCCGAGCGAUUUUUGGACGAAAAUUUGAAUGUCAAAAAAAUUGACGAAUUUCUACCAUUUUCAAUUGGAAGACGUCAAUGUCUUGGAGAAUCGCUGGCUAGAGCAGAAUUGUAUUUAAUUUUUGCGAAUUUGAUGCAAAACUUCAAAUUCGAAGUUUCAGAAGACGUCACGACGGAGCGCGUCCUGGGUCUUACUGUAUCGCCAGUGCAGUACACCUGUAAAAUCAGCCGACGAGGUUUGGACCAUAAUGAGAAUUGUGUGAAAUAA